UUAGAAAGUGAUCAGUAUGUUUUUCCAGUCCGCACACUGAAAGCAGAGUCUUCUUCGCUGCGAUUUGUCUAUUCUCUCUCUCUCUCUCUCCAGACGACGCCGUUUUACCCUUCUCCGAUUCCGAUCCUUUUCUCAGCUGCCAUCUCAUGGCCAUGCUCAAGACUCUCUGCUUCAGAGGAACUGCGUUUACCGUUUGCCCCUCCAAUGUCUCCAAUCAUACAAACACAAGGACCUCAUGUUGGAAGCCAGUACAAGCAGCUGUGAAACCUAGUUUCCACCUCCCAAUGCGCAGUUUUGAGUUGAAAAAUAGGACUUCUGCAGAGGAAAUAAAGUGUCUGAGAUUGAUAACUGCCAUUAAAACUCCAUACCUACCAGAUGGUCGAUUUGAUCUUGAAGCAUAUGAUGACCUGGUGAAUAUGCAGAUUGGACAAGGAGCUGAAGCUGUUAUUGUUGGUGGGACAACCGGUGAAGGCCAAUUAAUGAGCUGGGAAGAGCACAUCAUGCUUAUUGCUCACACUGUCAACUGUUAUGGUGGGAAAAUUAAGGUUAUUGGAAAUACUGGAAGCAAUUCCACCAGGGAAGCAAUUCAUGCCACCGAGCAGGGUUUUGCUGUUGGAAUGCAUGCUGCCCUUCACAUAAACCCUUACUAUGGAAAAACCUCUUUGGAUGGCAUGGUUGCUCACUUUCAAAGUGUGCUUCCCAUGGGGCCAACAAUAAUCUAUAAUGUGCCUUCACGGACGGGCCAAGACAUUCCUCCACAUGUAAUUCUAUCCUUAGCUGAAAGUGCUAACUUGGCUGGUGUCAAGGAGUGUGUGGGAAAUGAGCGGAUCAAGCAGUAUACAGAUAAUGGAAUUGUUGUGUGGAGUGGGAAUGAUGAUCAAUGCCAUGAUGCUAGAUGGGGUUAUGGAGCUACUGGAGUGAUAUCUGUUGCAAGCAACCUGGUUCCUGGUUUAAUGCGAGAACUCAUGUUUGGUGGCCUAAACCCUACACUAAAUUCAAAGCUCUUACCUCUGAUUGACUGGCUUUUCCACAUGCCAAACCCCAUUGGUUUGAAUACUGCUCUUGCUCAACUUGGGGUUGUCAGGCCUGUUUUUCGGCUACCGUUUGUACCCCUCCCUGUGGAGAAAAGGGUAGAGUUUGCCAAUUUGGUGAAGGAAAUUGGUCGAGAGCAUUUUGUUGGAAAUAAAGAUGUUGAAGUUCUUGAAGAUGAUGACUUUUUCUUGGUUAGUCGUUAUUAAGUUGUAAUUGUAUCCUUUCUAGGGGUUUGCCAAACUUCGAAUCCAGAUGAGACUGUUGUAGUAAAUUGAAGUGAACUUGGUAAUGAUCAUCUAGUAUCUUUUGACUGAUUACUUUGUAGUUGGAAAUUGGUUCAAGUUUGUUC